AUGGACAAGACAGGAAAGGGUUCUGGAUUCAGGAGAAAAACUUCAGCUAGGUCUUGGCAAGCAGCAACCACAUCUCUGAGGCAUCCAGCCUCAGCUCCAUCUGUGUCUCCCGGCAGCACCCAACUCAGAAGACCUGUCACUGCACAACCAGCUACUCGGGCCUGGGCAGAUGAGCAGGCAGCACUGCAGCAGGACCAGGUUCAACAGGAUAAGAUAUGGAAAGAGUUUGUGGAGGCUGAACAGAGAGGAAGAAAAAUCUGGUACCAGAACUGGAGUUUCCUAAAGGAUUAUGACCAAAUG